UCCUGGGGGCAGCGGAGCCCAUGUCGGCCCUGAGGCGCUCGGGCUACGGCCCCAGUGACGGUCCGUCCUACGGCCGCUACUAUGGGCCGGGGGGUGGCGAUGUGCCAGUGCACCCGCCUCCGCCCUUGUAUCCUCCCCUUCGCCCGGAGCCUCCUCAGCCUCCCAUUUCCUGGCGGGUGCGCGGGGGCGGCCCGGCCGAGACCACCUGGCCUGGAGAAGGCGGAGGAGGCGAUGGCUACUACCCCACGGGAGGCGCCUGGCCGGAUUCGGGUCGGGCCGGAGGCAGCCACCAGGAGCAGCCACCGUAUCCUAACUACAACUCAAACUAUUGGAAUUCUACUGCACGACAUCGGGCUCCUUACCCAAGUACAUAUCCCACAAGACCAGAAUUGCAAGGCCAGAGUUUGAAUUCUUACACAAAUGGAGCAUACGGUCCACCGUACCCGCCUGGCGCUGGGGCAAGUACUGCCUCAUACUCUGGGGCGUAUUACACCCCUGGAUAUACCCAGGCCAAUUAUUCCACAGAGGUUCCAAGCACUUACCGUUCACCCGGCAACAGCCCAACCCCGGUCUCUCGUUGGGUGUAUCCCCAACAGGACUCUCAGACUGAAGUGCCCCCUCUGCGGGGGCAGGUUCCAGGGUAUCCUGCUUCUCAGAACCCUGGAAUGACUCUGCCCCAUUAUCCAUAUGGGGAUGGUAAUCGUAGUGUUCCACAAUCCGUACCGAGUGUACGACCACAAGAGGAUGCGUGGGCCUCGUCUGGGGCUUAUGGAAUGGGUGCCCGUUACCCCUGGCCUCCGGCUGUGCCCACAGCACCACCCGGGAAUCUCUAUGUGACCGAAAAUGCUUCACCAUGGCCUAGCAGUGGCUCUCCUCAGCCACCUCCUUCACCUCCGCCCCAGCAGCCCAAGGAAUCCUCCUACCCCUAUAGCCAAUCAGAUCAAGGCAUGAACCGGCACAACUUUCCUUGCAGUGUCCAUCAUCAGUACGAAUCCUCGGGGACAGUGAACAAUGAUAAUUCAGAACUUUUGGAUUCUCAAGUCCAGUAUAGUGCUGAGCCUCAGCUCUAUGGCAGUGCCACCCAUGAACAUCUCAGCAAUCAAGACCAAAGUCAUAAUCUUCCUGAAGAGUCUUUAUCUUCAGAUCAAAGUACUCCUCCAAGUAUUAAAAAAAUCAUACAUGUGCUGGAGAAAGUCCAGUAUCUUGAGCAAGAAGUAGAAGAGUUCGUAGGAAAAAAGACAGACAAAGCGUACUGGCUUCUAGAGGAAAUGCUAACCAAGGAACUUUUGGAACUGGAUUCAGUUGAAACUGGGGGCCAGGACUCUGUCCGGCAGGCCAGGAAAGAGGCUGUUUGUAAGAUCCAGGCCAUACUGGAAAAACUGGAAAAAAAAGGAUUAUGAAAAGAAUUUAGAACAAAUGGAAGCCUGUUGCUAACUUGACCAAAGAACUCUUGGUUUUGGUUAUUCAGUCCCCUCUUUUUGAAAUGCCUGUCGAUGAUACGAAGCAAUAUGCUCCAACUUUUCCUUGGAUUUAAAACUUGAAAAGCUGGCAAAGGAGUGGAAGAAUAUUUAGUUAUGAGUUGUUUUCUACUUCCAGAGGAAUGAAUGUAAUAAGAAACUUAGCGGAUGUCGGCAAGCUGCUGCUUAAUACCAGGAGGGAGAAGUCACUCUGUGCAACAGGCUUCCCUCAAAACCUGCUCCGUGAAACUGGGUAUAAUACUGAGACACACAGGCUGCUUUUUUAAACAUCUGGAUGACUUGUCACAUUUUUGUACAUUGUGACUGCUUUCAACAUACACUUCACGUGUAAAUUACUGCUUAGACUGUAGCCUUCGUGGACCUUUGUUGUUUGCAGUUGACAAAUAUAGUAUUAUUCUCUACUUCUUGGUACAUUUUGUAGUAAUAUGUUUAAUAUAAUUAUUCAAGAGACUAUAUAACAGCCAGAGAGUGUGGCAGUUCUGAAUGAAUUUAUCUCUUUUCACCACGUGAAUAUAUUGCAAUGUGUAGUGAGUUCCUGAGGUAAAUUGUUUGUCUCCCUUUUUGUAUAGAUCAUUAGAUUAGAGUUUUACUACUUCUAUGUUACAUAGAAGGGGAGUGCAAAGUAAAUUUGGAAAUGGCACUGAUGUAAAAAUGAAAAUGUGGAAAUUUUUCUCUUUUGCUUUUUUAUUGUAUUUGGAUAAAGAUUCACUUUAAAAUUACUUUUUUUUUUUACAAAGUAUUAAUUAUCUUUUCACUAUUGCUGCUUCCAUAGAGAAUAUUGUGAUAGAUACAGAUGGAAAAUUAAAUGCCACAAUGAGUAGAAAUAUUGACUGCAAAGAGUAAUAAAUAUAAUUAUUUAGCAGUAACUAUUCUCCAUCUGAAAUAUUAGUUUCAACAUCAAGAUCCCUAUAAGUAGAUUUCAGCUCAGUUUAUACUUAAAAAUAAUGAGAGUUAAGGGGGAUUCAUACUCAGGGAAUGAGUCAGCCAUAGGUAGAGUGGAAAUUUAUUUUUUUCUUUUAAAGACAGAUGUGCUGUCUCUAGAGUAAAUUGCACAGAAUUGCCUGCUUCAAAAAAGGAUGCUAUUACCCCUUUUUAACAGUCAUUUCAGAGCCAAAUUUAGGAAAGGAACAUUGGCAGUGUCUUAGCUGGCGUUGCUUGUGUAGCAGUGUGCAAUUGUGUAGCAGAGGCUUAGGUAAGUACAUUUUUACUUCUGAGGUGGAUGCUAUGCCUGUAUGUGUUUGCAAAAAACAGCUGUUUCUUAAGAUAGCCAACUGAUAAUUUUUUUUCCCCCAGACUGCCAGGCCUGUUAAAUUAUACUCUGUCAUUCAUCUCCUCUACUCAUGAAUCAAGCCAAACUAAUAACAACAUUGAGAAGCAAUGUAGUAAAAAUAUUGGCUGAGUCUUAUGAUUGAGAUGAGUGAUCUUGCAAGAUAAUAUGUUGAAAAUUUUACUCUAGGAUUUUUAUUUUGAAAUGUUUUUAAGAAGUCUUUUUUAUGGAAAUGAGAAAAUUAUACAUGAGACUAUACAUUUUAAAUGGGUAAGACCUUAAAGCUAAGUUACCAGUUAAUACAAUGAUUAAUUCAGAAACCAACACUAUUGUUUAACUUACUGAGUGCCCAAGAUGCCAGUUUCCGUAAAGUCUUGAUUUUUUUAUAUAUGUACAUAUUGUGCACAUAUACACAUAUAUGUGUGUAUAUUUUUAACAGUUUUAAAAAUCUUUGAGGUAAUUUUAGACUGAAAGAAGAGUUGUAAAAAUAAUAGAGUUCUUGUAUAUCCGUCACCCACUUUUCCCUUAUGUUAACAUCUUAUAUAACCAUGAAGCAUUGUCAGAAUUAAGAAAUUAACCUUGAUACAAUAGCAUUAACUAAAGUAGAGAGUAUAAAAGUAGCAACUUUAUUAGUCUUUUCACUAACGUCUUCUUCCGUUCCAGGACCCAUCCUUGGAUUUACUUGUCUUGUCUCUGUAGCGCCCAGCAUUCUGACAGUGUCAUUACAGGGGAAACUCAAUGUCCUAGUGUACUUCUGGUGUUGCUAAUCUGAAUCACUGUGCUAUGACGGGGUCUGCUGGGAGUCUCUACUGUAAACUUACAUAUUUUCCUUUGUAAUUACUGAGUAGUUGCUGGAGAUACUUUGAGACUAUGCAAAUGUCUGUUUCUGCUUACACUUCCGCCCACUCUUCCUAUCCAUUGGCAGAUCCUCUGCUUGUGGCAGUUACUACCGUGGUGUUCUAAUGGUGAUGUUUUCUCUCUCUCGUUCCUCCCACAUUCUUCUGUAAGGGAAGAAUUGUUGCGUUUGGAUUUAUAUUUUUAGUCAUAAGAUAAUUCAGGUUAACUGAAAAUUUAGAACUUAAAUAUAUACACAUAUGUAUAAACCAUGUUAAAAUGAUUCCAAAUGCUGUUAUAAAGAAAAUUAAGUUGGUAACUUUAUCAGAAAAUAUAAUGAACUUAAGAAAAGUGGUAUUUAUGAUUUGUAGAAUUGGUUCAACUUUUGAUGGAAUAUUGACCUUAGACUGAAUUCAAAUUUUCUUGAAGUUGCACAUCUGGACUUUUUAACUGUGUCGAAAUUUAUAUUACUUUGGGGAUCAUUUUUGUCAAUAUCUUGAAUAAAGUUACCCAGAACUGGCAUGAUAAAUACAACUGUGUUUUCUUUAUAAUAAACCA